AGUGAGAAGACUAUGGGGUAACGUAAUGCUCAGCCCAGCAAGAUAAUGUCGACUAAUGUGGUUUGGGACGGAUAUAAUCCACCAAGAGGAAGUAACAAAUGCUAAAAGGGGUUAUGACAUUAUAGUGACGUACUUGUAAUGCGGUCAUUUGAAUAGAAAGCUGAAGCUGCCAGUGUAAACGCCUCAUAGGAUCUCAUCUUCUGUCUGAAUCCCUUAUUAUACUCUGAAGAAAGUGAUUUGGUGUACCUCCUUCCAAAAUGAGCCGGGACGUUCCUAUCCACAGCUGGCCUGGCUCCUAUUACAUCAACAGUGAGAAGCGUUGGGAAAAUGGCACCCUGUCCCUCACCAGGACCAUGGUGCGCUUCAUUUCUAACCAGAGUAAGGAGAGUCUUGCCAGCUUCCGCCUCUCCCGUAUUAUAGAGAUCAAGAUGGAGUCCUCCAGUUUCAUCUUUAGCACUCUAACAGUGCUUGAAGAGGGGAACAUGAAACACUGGUUUGGCUCCCUUAAGCCCAACAGGGUGGUGGUUUAUAAUGUGUUGGAACAUUUCUGGAGAGAACGUCUCCUGUCCCCUGGUUCAGAGGCCCGUGGGGCCGAGUCUCAGCCCUCUAAAGGCAGAGAGCUGAUCACCCUGGUGGCCGGGGCCCAGAGAAGACUGGAGGACACUGGCAGAGUCCUCAGCCACCAAGGAGAGCAGUUUGAUGAUAUGAUGCAGGGACUGGAGAAGAUUGACUCUGACCUGGGCGUAGCUGAUAAACUUCUGUCAGAGCUGGAGUCUCCCGCCUGGUGGCCUUUUGGUAAACUCCCCUGGAAGACUCAGCAAGAAGCCAAGGCAGAGGACGCUGCAAGAGCUGCAGCUUCUGCUGCUGCUUCAGCUGCUGCUUCAGCUAGCAGGGGGUCUGGUAGAAGUAAGGUGAUAUCAAGCAUCCCAGCUGUAGUAUCCAAAGGUGGAGACUCAGAUUUGAAACCAGGAUGUUUGUUGGUGCUGGUGUCCUCAUUGGAGGUACGAGACACAAAUUGCCAGCUCCUUCAUCGUUUUGAACGAAAUGAAAUAGACGAAAUCAGGGUGCAGAGUCCUUAUGAGAUUACUGUUAGACAGCGGUUUAUUGGGAAGCCAGAUAUAUGCUACAGGCUCCUGUCUGCCAAGAUGCCAGAGGCAAUGUCAGUGUUAGAGAUGCAGUACAAAAAGAAGGUGGAGUUCACAAAUGAAUACACUGCUUUCAAGGCAACUCCAGUUUCAUCGCCGUGUGACUCAGAAGGGACAACAUGGAAUGAAGGUUUGUUGCAGACGUGCCAAGAGACAGAGCUCCCACUGGAGGUCCCGGCAGGAGAGCUUUCCCAGUUGCAGGUGCAUGUCCUCCAACCAUCUGUCAGUCAGGCUGAGGCCCAAGAACUUAAACAGAUGCUGAUGCAGCUGAAGAACCUUGCCCUGGAGGCAGAGACAGAGCUGGAACGACAGGAUGAAGUUCUGGACGUCCUGACCAGCUCCACGGACCGGGCCACUAUGCACAUAGAGAAGCACACCUGCCGUAUGAAAAGACUGCUGUAGCUCUGACAGUCCAGCUGAUGCAUGUGGUCACCAUGUCCCUCCUGACAAAAGCACUGUAAGCUUCCUCAUUGUCCUCAUGGGAUCUGUACGGUUAGACAAUACUGCAAAACAGCAGUAGGGACUUGCAUAUACUCUAAAAUAGUACAUGAUUUUUGUUGCAUUUGAUGGUACAAUUACAUGGGGUCAAGUGUGAGUGGUCUCUGGGAAGUGCAGCAAUGUUCCCUUAACAAUGAAGAUAAUCACCAAAAUCCUUGAAAUUUGCACAUCAGUUAUUAUGACUUUAAAUAAGAGAUAUGGUUCCUUGUUUGAGAGAAAUUAUGUAAUUACUCAUACAUAUUCUGUCUUCUUUCUACAUGACAUAAGUUAACCCUUGUUUGUCUUUUUUUUUUUUUAUGACAUUAUUUUAUUUCGAAUAAUUUAAAUGUGUGCCUGAGAUAAAUCAACCAUGUUUAUGAAGGAUGGAGUCUCUUGGUUGGAUCGCGUGGGAUCUGGGGGAAUAGCAUGAAUCCUCAGUGCAUGUCAUAUCCUCCCAGUAAAGCUUGCAGGUGAAAAAAAAUAAGCAGACGCGUCUAUUUGUACCAAAGGGAACACACAACAGUUUACACCUCCCCCUGGCCCAUUGGGAGACGGCAAUGACAGUGACUACAGUGAAGGGCGAAAUGUACACUAAAAAGCGAAAAAGGGAAUAACUUUUUUUUUUUUUCUCACUGCACCAACAAAUUCAAAACAAAUUGCAUGUUGUUUCCGUAUGUGUUAUUUACAAGACAGAUGUAAGAGAAAAGGAUAUAUACGAUUUAAAUUUGAUGAAAAUGAUUGGCACAUAAUAGACUAACAGAUAAGAUUAGCAUAUAUCAUCAAAGUAAUGUCUGUGUUUCUAAUGAUGUACCUGUGCCAUCCUUCCUUUUCAAGACCACAUCAGUCCUGAUAAAUUGUCUUUCUCGGGUCCUAGGUUCUACUUAUCCUCUCUGUACAUGGUUUCCCUGUUGCUUAAUGUUGCAUGUCUCAAUUUUGCUGCUUUGUACUGCAUCAAGUGGAAAUGUCUCAUCAUUAUCAAUAACUAGCAGAAGAUUGUAAAUGUGCAACUAACUUCUGGGACUCUAGAAAACACAACACAACACACUUCCUCUCUCUGUUUUUAAAUAUUAUACACAAUAUUAUACUCCACGUUAAGGUCCACAUCUACUGUAUAUGAGUUGCUUAAGAUUGAAUAGUCUAAGUCUGUAUUAUCUAUAAAGAACUGACAUAUUGUAAUUCUGUAAUUUCAUUGUGGUCUGUUAUCACUGUGAUCUUGUAAUUAGCAGUUAGUUUAACUUGAAAUAUCUGUAUGUUUUAAAAUCUGGUAGUAGUUCUAUAUAGAUGCUUCUUUUUGCUGAUGAUGCCAAAUUUAUCUUGACACUGGAUACAACUAAACAGUUAGCUCUAACUAUUAAGGAAAAAUAGACCUACAUCUUUCUUAAUGAGCAGCACAAAAGGCACUGCAAGUACUGGGAAUUAAUUAUUUUUUAUCAGUGAGGAAGUCAUCACAAUUAAAAGUCUGUAAUAGCAUAUAAUUUGCAAUAAAAUGAAGUCUCAAAUUGU